AUGGCGGCCAGCAAUGCCACCGUCGCUCAGAGUUCUAUCCACACCUUCAGCAACGGAAUUCCGAGCCAGACUGCCGACAGCCUGAAGAACGGACACAUAGAAGAGGCAUUUUCGCGAGUUGCAUACCCGUGUAAUGGAGGUACCAUACAUAAGGCGGUAAAUUGGAUUCCCAUCAGAGAAGAAGUACUGUGGAACCGACUCGAAGAUUGCGAGUUGUCAUUAUCGGCGCUGGUUUCAGUGUUCAACAGCCCGACAUCGGUGGAACGUGGUAUGAAAAUAAGUAUCCUGGGUUAUGCCACUGGUGGUGAAAUUCAAGAUUAUCUGGAAAAGAUCUGUAACCAGUACAAUAUUGACAAAAAUGUCCACCUGGAAUCGAAAGUGAUUUCGGCAAUAUGGGAGGAAGAAAGCGGCACAUGGGCUUUGAAGAUACAACAAAAAGACAGAAUCAUUGAAGACCGGUGUAACGUGCUUAUCAAUGGUUCGGGCGUACUCAACGCGUGGUCAUGGCCAGAUAUAACUGGACUUCAUGAGUUUCAAGGCCACCUCUGCCCUUCAGCCGACUUCAAAAGUGGCUAUGAUCUCUCUGGGAAGCGGGUGGCCGUUGUGGGCAAUGGUUCCUCGGGGAUACAAAUAGUGCCCGAGAUUCAGAGGGUAGCCUCCAAGGUAGUCAAUUUUGCAAGAUCGAAAACAGUAAGGCUACCUGCACCAGAAGAGAACAAAGACUGCCUACUAAUGCCAAAAGUGGAUAUCGGCGCCGUUCGUGGAAGAUCUGUCGAAAGCCCCUGGCUGCAAUCCGUCAUGUACGUGUCAAGCAGCCUGUGCCAGGAACAUCGAGCUGACGGGUUAGAUACACAAGAGGAGAAAGAACGCUUCCGAACGCAUCCCGAGGAAUUGAAAUCAUAUCGCAAGAGGCUUGCACAUGCGUUUAAUCACUUGUAUGACGCUCUCAUUGAGGGUUCGGCUGCCAAUAUCGAGGCGACAAGGAGAACAAGGGAGCUCAUGUUGGAGAGACUCAAGGGUCGUGAGGCCAUAAUUGAAUCAGUGGUUCCAGAUUGGGCUCUUGGAUGUCGACGACUUACACCCGGAAAUGGAUAUCUGGAGGCAUUGAUGCAAGAAAACACCGAGUUCGUCACCUACAAAGUGAUUGAAAUUACACCUACAGGGAUCAAGACAGCGGAGGAGAAGCAUCGUGAAUUUGACGCAAUCAUUUUGGCCACUGGCUUUGACGUUUCCUUCAAGCCCAGAUGGAUUCAAAUAGGCCGGCAAGGCCGGUCGCUCGCCGAUGAAUGGAGCGAAGAUCCCAAGGGGUACUUUUCACUCGCAGUCAGUGGACAGCCUAACUAUUUCAUCUUCAAUGGUCCAGCUGGCCCCUUAGGGCAUGGGAGCCUGUCGUCUGCCAUAGACUGGACAGCCGACUACAUCAUCAAAUGGUUGGUGAAGAUGGCCAAGGAAGAUAUCAAGUCGGUUCAAGUGUGCCCGUCGACUCUGUCAGUCAUGUACUCACUUUACCCAGAUCCUGUGAUGUCAAGCAAGAGGUUCAAAAUGACUGGAACGUGUGGGGGGACGAACUGA